AUGAGUGGCAAAGACCCUUUGUUUUCUGUUUGCUGCGUCAUUUUCCUGAUUCAGCUUGCGCGAGGGAAUGUAGCGAACAUAUUCAACCCCACUAAGAUCAGCUCGUUUGCUACUGUUGGCUUCCACCUAAAGCAGGACACAGCAAUGCGCUUCUUGCGUGGACGAGUUGGGGCGUUUGGAGACUUCGACAGCGACAUGUACACUGAUAUGAUCUGGAUCUCCCAGGACUCCUCAAAGAUUCUUGUCUCGCGUUGGGAUCCGAAUGACAACAACUUCGAGAACCCAGGAAAUCCUACCUCGCUGCAAGCGAUUAUUACGUUACCUGCAAAUGUUACGGACAAGGCCAUCAAUAUCAUUCCAGCUGACUUCAAUUAUGAUGGUAAACUUGACUUGCUUGUCACAGCAACAGACUCGCUGUCUGGUGAGAGCAUUCUACUUCUCUAUUUUGGCAACAACCGACAUUUCACAAGUAAACCACUCAGGCUUGCCUCUUCUUUUGGACAAACGUUAGUGCUCGAGGCUAAUGGAGAUAUGAAGCCAGACUUGUUUGGCGAGCAGUACCUUGUAGGAGGAGAUGGCAAGGAGUACGUUGCCAGAGGCUUCUGGCUGAAUACACUAAGUUCGUGGCCAGACACAUGCCUCAACGGCAUCCAGGAUGGCGAGGAAGAAGAGAUUGACUGCGGUGGUCCUUGCUUGCCAUGCCCCUGUCUAGGCUUUGCGUCGCUUGAGUUGUGUGGCUUCAAUUUACAUACAUCAAGAGAUAUGACAGACAGUGCUUUAUGGCCUCUGUCACGGACAAGAGCGCACUCAUUCGCAGACAUCAAUGGUGAUUGUCUCGCUGAUCUGAUCCUGGCCAGUGAGAAAGAUUUAUCGAGCAUGUAUGAGGUGUGGAUCAACCGAGGGCCCAAUGGAACUAUCCCAAACUUUCUUCCACCGGACCAGGACCUUAUGCUCUCGCUUCCAAAUGGAGCUGGUUCUGUAACAGUUGCAGACGUGAAUCGAGAUGGAAGCCUUGAUCUCGUUUAUGCUGCUGUGAAGGAGUGCAAUUACAAGCUUGCUGACCGAACGUUACAGCAGCCUUCUUCUCCUUGCCUAGAAAGCCAACUGCUCGUUGCCUACAACAGUCGGACGGACAAAGAUCGCCCAUCGGGAGCGCUAUGUAGUGGCGCAGCGAAAAACACCAUAGGUGAAAAGAGCAGCACAGGACUUCGCGUAGGGACAGUGGUGAUGUCAAAUGCAGACUUUGCAGGGUCAAGACUGUUGCAUAGCAACGAGAUUCUCCCAAACAAUGUUGCAGGAGGACAGGGAUUCAGUGUGGUGGAAGACUUUGGAAUGGAUCCGAUGAUGGUCCGAGCUGGAGAUUAUGAUCUCGACGGAUACGUGGAUUUGCUUCUCCCCCUGAGAGACAGAGAUCAACAGAGCCGACUUGCGCUGCUAGUCAACACAGGAGGGGGAAAAUCUUUCCAUAGGAAAGUCUGCGCUUCAGGUUGCGAUCUUUCUGAUUUGAACAGCAUCAAAGGAGUGUACGCGGGCUCGUUCUUCGACCUGAAUGAGAAGGGGAACAUGGACCUUGUCGUACUCCACGUCGACUCCUCCAUGGACCUCAAAGUAAAAAUCCUUCAGAGCAACUUCAACGACCAAGGAAACUUGUUCCUGAAGGCGCAAGGGCUCAAUGGUGUAUGCCCAGAGUGGUGCCCUCCUCCAACCCCUUUCCCCGACCCGAAACCUUUCGGAGUCAAUCAGCAUGGCGUUUCUUUCAAGUACAUCAUGCAGGAUCUCUCCAGUCGCAGGUUGACAGCACAAGCAGCCCAGCUACAUCAGAGCAGCCACAACGCACUGAAUCUGCCGUAUAGCAUGUUCGGGCUUGGGCCAGCCUCCUACUACAUCGAGCAGUUCUAUAUGGGCGUGCCGAUGUCUCUGCAGUGGGGCCUAGAUAGGAGCUACAUGAGUUGGAUGGGUGUCAUCCCCAACUCGCAGCUCGUUGUCUCGCCGACAGACAGAGCAAACGUCGACUACUGGUGGAUCCAAGCGUAUGUUCACCCAUCGGAAGGGAUUGUGUAUGUUGCUAUCGUACUCGCCGUGACGCUUCUCGUGCUUGCAGCAUCGAUAUGGUUCCUCGAACGACGAGAGAAAUACCAAGAUGAAAUGGAAAAGAAGCUAACGGCACACGCAUUCUUGUGA